AUGAUGUUCAGACCACCUUGUACUAAAGAGCCUACAGUUUGCAUGUCUGAUUAUGGGCACCUAUGGAUUCCUUCACCAGUGGAGAAGAUUUACCUCCAGAUCAUCAAUGAUCCUACAAGAAACUUUGAACCUCUGCCAGUAGCGGGAGCCACUGAGUUUAAUCGCUCAGCCACAGAAUUUAUUAUUGGGAAGGACAGCCUCGCUAUCAUUGAAAAUCGGGCAUGCAGCAUCCAGACACUGGGGAGUACAGGAGCAUUGUGGAUUGGUGCAGAUUUCCUCAGCCGUUGGUAUCAAAGCGAUCACAAUAAGGCAACAGUGUGCAUCCCAUCAGUGGCCCCUGGUAAGCACAAAUGGAUUUUUGAAGACUCUGGUUUCACAAACAUAUGUGCCUAUCGCUUUUUGGACCCCAAGACUAAAGGACUUGCAUUACCAGAGAUGUUAGAAGAUCUAGAGAAUGCUCCAGACUUUUCCAUAAUUGUGCUUCAAGCUUCCUGCAAUCCUACUGGAAUCCAUAUUCCAAAAAGUGUUUGGGUACAAAUUGCUGACAUAAUGAAGAGGAAGAAGAUGUUUCCAUUUUUUAUCAUGAAAGCUGUGGGUUUGAACUCUGGAUAUGUAGAAAAAGAUGCCUGGUCUGUGAGAUUCUUUGUUUCUGAAGGUUUUGAAUUGUUUUGUGCACAGUCCUUCUCAGCGAACUUUGGAUUGUAUGGUGAAAGAGUAGGCUGUCUGACAGUAGUAAUCAAGACCAAUGAAGUUCUUCUUGGAGUUUGCUCACAGUUAGAGAUACUUGCCCGAAGCAAAUGGUCAGCACCCCCUGCAGUUGGAGCACGUAUUGUAGCCACAAUCCUUAACAAUUCAUUUUUUUAUGCUGAAUGGAAGGAAAGUAUUAAAGAAGCAGCUAAGCGCCUCAUGAUCAUACGAGAGAAAAUGAAGGGGAAACUAAGACUUCUGGGAACUUUACAAUCUUGGGAGCACAUCACCAAUCAAACUGGCUUGUUCAGCUACACUGGACUCACGUGUGUCCAGGUCCGUUUGCUGAUCAAGAAAUAUCACAUUUAUUUGCAUGAAAAUGGACUGAUAAACAUCUCAAGUCUGAACGACUCAAACUUGGCUUAUCUACUGCAGAGUAUACAUGAAGUCUCAUCAAUACCGCAGUAGUCCAGGGGAUAUACAAGGAUGUAAACUAACAAUCAUUUUCCAUUAUAUUGGAUAUGAAAUUAAUAAAAUAAUGUUUAACAUAAA